CUUUUUAGUAUCAAUUUUAAACAUCGGAAAUAAGCAUGGCUCAUGUGCAGUAUCACAGUACAGAUAUCUUAUUUAUUUCUGCAGGGUUUCUUUUUGUUUUUUUCCUUGAGAUCUGAACUUAUAGUAUUAAUUUUGGUGCUUAUCCAGAUUGUAUAGCCUAGCCAUAUCUUAACUUCAUUUCAAUCGCAUUUGGUCCAAUCUACACAGAAGAAUAAUACAGCAGUAGUACAUGGGGUUUAUACUAGUACUACUCCGCUGUUUUCUUGUGCUUUUUUGCUCAGGUUUUUGUGUAGCCACUUCUAUUACUCCAACUAAGGAUGAUGAUAAAUUUCUCAAAUGUCUAUUCCACAAUUUACAAGACACUUCCAAUAAUAUCAUCCCACUAAUCCCUGUUUACACCCAGAGUAAUGAUUCCUAUUCAACUUUGUUCCGAUCCUCAGCGCGAAACCGCAGAUACUUAUUUUCAUCACCCAACAACUCGAGAAAGCCAAAGUUUCUAAUUUUACCUUCCUAUGAAUCCCAUGUCCAAGCAGCGGUUAUCUGUUGCAAAAAGCAUGGAUUAGACCUCAAGGUUCGAAGCGGAGGGCAUGACGUCGAAGGAUUAUCAUACACAUCUUCCGAUAUUGAUCCAUUUAUCCUCGUUGACUUGAUCAAUUACCGGAACGUCACCGUGACCGUGGAAGAUAGAACUGCGUGGGUACAAGCUGGCGCAACCAUCGGGGAGCUUUAUUACAGAGUCGGUGUGAAAAACAGCACACUUGGAUUUCCAGCUGGUUUUUGCCCGACAGUAGGUGUUGGCGGGCAUUUUAGUGGAGGCGGACUUGGUGCCUUGGUAAGAAAAUAUGGCGCCGCAGCUGAUCAAAUCAUCGACGCGCUGAUCGUCAACGUUGAAGGUAAGAUCUUAAGCAGAAAAACCAUGGGAAAGGAUUUAUUUUGGGCUAUUAGAGGCGGCGGAGCGGCGAGUUUCGGAGUCGUUCUGUCCUGGAAAGUCAAAUUGGUUCCUGUUCCGCCUAUUGUAACUGCUGCAAUGGUUGAAAGAACAUUAGAACAAGGUGCAACUGAUCUUGUUUAUAAGUGGCAAUUCAUUGCGGAUAGGCUCCCGGAAGACAUAUACAUUGGACUCAACUGCACAGUUGUGGAUUCUAACGCGACUCGCGAAAGAAGAACAGUGCGAGUUAUAUUCUCCAUUUUGUUCUUAGGCAAAGUCGAGGAACUUCUCCGGCUAAUGGAAGAAAAUUUCCAAGAAUUGGGUUUGCAGCAAAAUGACUGUACCGAAAUGAGUUGGGUAGAAUCUAACAUUUACUUUUAUUAUACAGUGAGAAGUCCAUUAGAACUUUUACUUGAUAGAGAUCCUACGUCUAAGAUUUUCACGAAGGCGAAAUCCGAUCAUGUCAUGGUUCCAAUGUCGAAAGAAGGGUUAGAAGGCUUGUGGAGAAUGCUGUUUGCAAAUGACAAGACGGUACUGAAAUGGACACCUUAUGGUGGAAAAAUGAACGAGAUUUCAGAAUCUGAAAUUCCGUUUCCGCAUAGAAUUGGAAACAUUUAUAACAUUCUGUAUCAGGUGGAUUGGGUAGAUGGCAGUGAAACAGAAAAACAUCUGGAGUUUAUGAAGAAGUUGUACAAUUUCUUAACUCCAUAUGUUUCUGUGAACCCAAGGACUACUUAUCUCAACUACUUGGAUCUUGACUUAGGUCAAAAUGAUUGGAAUGAUGGUGAAGUAAUGGCUUAUAGGAAAGCUAAGAUUUGGGGCACAAAAUACUUUAAGAGCAACUUUGAAAGGUUGGUGCUUGUGAAGACUGAAGUUGAUCCCUGUAAUUUUUUCAGGAGCAUACAAAGUAUUCCACCUAGUCAUCACUGCUCUCAGUUAACUGAAGAAGAAUAAUGUGCACUCGGCACGGGAAUUUAACCAGCCGGGUUGAUGUUUCGCCAACUUCAGUAAUGGGCAACAAAAAUGUAAAUUGCACGAGUUCUUCGCCAUAGUCCAAUGCAGGCAGUUUAAUCUUGCUAUUUCAAAUGUAACAAAAAAAAGGAGUAUCUAGACUUCAAAUAUGAAUACCAUUCAUUCUA